GACUGUUCGAGCCAGAAAGCCAAAGCUUGUCGAGGCUACCUUUGCGUUUCCGCAUGCACUGUGUAUCGAUUGUUUUCCAGUGGGGCUUAGUCCUCGAGGAGGCUACCUUGGGGUUGCUGCAUGAAAAGUUGCACAGCGAUUAUCAGCGUGAAUGCGCGCGUCGUUCGACGUUUUGUGUACGGAUAUAAUUUCAAAUCUCUGCUUUUGAUAUACUGCAUUGCAUCGAUUUUGCUCGAAGUGUUGCACAUCACAUCUCAGUGCAUCAUGGCCAAGCAGAGUUUCCAUUUUCGUGCUGCCGUAGUCGGCGACGUUGAGGCCAUCGCAAAAAUUUGGUACGACGUUUACCAGAUCUCGCACGCACAUCUCGUUCCGCCGGAACUGUUGCAGCAUCGAACCCUGGAGACUUUUAGGCAGCGCACGCCGGGCGACUUGGCGAAGACGCUUGUCGCGGUGACAGGUUCGUCGAACGCCGACUCGGAAGAUUCGCUUCCGGAAGGGCAGGUAUGCGGAUUUGUCUCGACUCGAGGCACCGCAAUUCUACAUUUGUUUGUGGGUCUUCGCGGGUGCGGAGUCGGCCGGCAACUGCUUCAGCUUGCGGAAAGGCAGAUCUUUCAUGACGCGUCAGGUUCAGCGUCGAGCAGACCGGACGCAGACGGGUCGACGCGCUGCGAACAAGUCGUCGCGCAUCUGCAUGUCGUUCACGGGAACGAAGCCGCUCGUCAGUUCUACAAAAAAUGCGGAUGGGUUGAAGUCGGGGAAGAAACAUACGAGGUAGAGAUCUUAGCUGCAAACGGUGGCACAGAACAUUUUCCCGUGCCGUGCCUCAGAUGGGAGAAGAAAGUUUCCGCGAACGAGCGUGAAGGGCAAGCCGAAUUCAUGCGAUAUCCAGAAUUGAAAGCCAUACGCGACAGUAG